AUGGUGAACAUCAACAACAACAACAACAAUAAAGCGGUGAAACCCAAGAUUGUAGCCACUCGUAAGUGGUUUGAUCUUGCUGGUUACCUUGGCUUGCUAGCCUUCUCUCACUCCAUUGUCCUCUACUUGGCUACGUCUAUUCGGCUGUAUAGAGGGCAUGUGUUCAAUCCAAUGAGGCUCUGGUUUGAUGAGGGAUUCACUAUUCUUCUAGAUGAUGUCAAAGAGAACUUCUUGGACGCGGCCGUUUGGUACUUUGCCUUUAUAGCCUUCGAGAUGUUCCUCGGUGUAGUCUUACCAGGAGUCGUUGUCAAGGGGUUGCCUCUUGCCAAUGGAGACCGUCUGGUGUACAAUUGCAACGCCCUUGCAGCAUGGUAUGUUACGCUCAUCACAUUAGCUGCUCUUCACCUCACCAGCAUCUGGUCUAUCACCCGUCUGACGGACUAUUACUAUUCGUUGGUCCUGCUCACUAUGUUAGCUGCUGAUAUCACAUCUGUUUACAUGUGGUUCACGGGUUGGAUGGCCGGCUUGUCGAGCGGUGAAGGUCAGGUGGCUGAUUUCAUCAUGGGUACCUGGUUGAACCCAAGGCUAUUCGGUGGGAGACUUGACCUUAAGAUGUUCUUUGAGGUGCCCUUACUCAUUUACAGUUCGUGUGUCAUGGAUGUUACUAUUCAUCCUUACCCUUGCAUGCAGCAUUAA